AUGAAUGCGUCCGACCCUAUCGAGGUCGCUGAGGUGUCCAAGUCCAAGGCAUUGCAGCACGAUGUCGACGUGAGCGAGAAGCGUCAGGAUCCUAGCCAGGAUCUCACUAUCGAGCCUGCUCCGGUUACCCAAAGCCCCGCCGAGGGUGAAGAUGAGACGCUUCACAAGGUGUAUCCCAGUGAGGAGGACCUGCGGACUUUGCGCCGUGUCUCGGGACAUCUUCACUGGACUAUCUUUACCGUCGCAUUCGUAGAGCUGUGCGAGCGUUUCUCGUACUAUGGAACUACAGCAGUGUUCGUCAACUUCAUUCAGCGCCCUCUCCCCGCAAACUCGACGACCGGUGCUCUUGCAGCCGGUGCUGAUUUCAAUAACGACGUACCUGGAGCUCUGGGCAUGGGACAGCGUGCAUCGACUGGUCUGACAUUGUUCAAUCAAUUCUGGUCCUACGUUAUGCCCUUGGCUGGUGCCUAUGUCGCUGAUCAAUACUGGGGUCGAUUCCGCACCAUCUUUGCAUCCAUCGCGUGUGCCCUCGUGGGUCACGUUAUUCUAAUUGUGUCUGCGAUUCCCUCUGUCAUCGCCAAGCCUGGCGGUUCGAUUGCUUGUUUCUCAAUCGGUCUGAUCAUUAUGGGCGUUGGAACUGGUGGUUUUAAGUCUAAUAUUUCCCCACUGAUUGCGGAGCAAUACCGAGAGGAGAAGCCAAUUAUCAAGGUCCUGAAGAAUGGAGAGCGCGUGAUCGUUGAUCCUGCUGCGACAGUAGCCCGCAUCUAUCUGUACUUCUACCUGAUGGUCAACGUUGGCUCUCUGGUGGGCCAGCUUGCCAUGGUGUAUGCCGAGCGAUACGUUGGAUUCUGGCUGUCUUACCUUCUCCCUACGAUCAUGUUCUGCCUUUGCCCUACAGUUCUGUACUUCUGCCGGAGCAAGUAUCACUUGGUCCCUCCCACGGGCUCGACUUAUGGCCAGGCCUUCCGUCUGUGGUCUUUGGCGAUGAAGGGCCGUUGGUCACUCAACCCCGUCAAUAUGUUCAAAAAGACCUCUCCUGAGCACCAGCAGUGGGACCACGUCAAGCCCAGCACCCUGGGCUCUAGCAAGCCCCAGUGGAUGACUUUCGAUGAUGCUUGGGUAGACGAAGUUCGUCGUGGACUCAAGGCUUGCCAGGUGUUCCUGUGGUAUCCUCUCUACUGGCUGGCAUACAACCAGAUGCUUAACAACCUCACCUCCCAGGCCGCGACCAUGGAGCUCAACGGUGUUCCCAACGAUGUCAUUAACAACUUCAACCCCUUCGCCCUGAUCAUCUUCAUCCCCAUCUUUGACCGCCUCGUUUACCCCGGUCUCCGCCGCAUGGGAUUCAACUUCACCCCACUGAAGCGUAUCACUGCUGGUUUCGCCGUCGCAGGCUCCGGCAUGAUCGUCGCCACCGUCACCCAAUACUACAUCUACAAGCUCGGACCCUGCGGCAAAGACGCCAACCGCUGUCUCGAGGAGGAAGGCAAACACAGCCCGAUCUCCGUCUGGGUGCAAGUCCUGACUUACGUUCUGGGUGGUAUCUCCGAGAUUCUCGCAUCCGUGACCUCGCUCGAGUACGCCUACACCAAGGCCCCCCGCAACAUGCGUUCGCUCGUGCAGGCCGUGGCUCUGUUCAUGAAUGCCAUCUCUGCUGCUAUCGGACAGGCGCUGGUGGGCCUUUCUGCGGAUCCGCUGCUUGUGUGGAAUUAUGCUAUUGUGGCUAUUUUGGCGUUUGUGGGCUGUGUGGGCUUCUGGUUGACAAACUACAAGUUGGAUCAGGAGGAGGAUAAGCUUAAUAUGUUGCCUCAGAGUCAAUAUGAGGGUCGUGGGGAGAAGACGGAUGUGGAGGCCAAGUGA